UGUGAAGAAAUUCUGAAAGGUCGGUGGAGCUGCCCUUUAAGGGUGUGUUGGAAACGUUCAACACAAAUCCAGCGCCGGCGGGAGCACGAAACAGAAACGUUAGCGAGCUAGCCGAGGCUAGGCUAGCUAAACUAAAGAUUAACCAGCCUGUGAAGGUGAAGAUAGUGAAAGCAGCUGGCAGAAACGAGCCGAAAACACGUCGGCGAGUCUGAAAAGGGAAUAAACAGGCGAAGCGAGGACGGAGGGCGACGACAGGCAGCUUUUCCGGACUUGUUUUUGAGCAGUAUUUUCUCUCGUACCGGCUACAGGCCUCUGGAACCGAUGGAGGGGGUGAAGCAACUUUUCAUGUGAAAACUAAAAGGUUUUUAAUGUGUAGGAGCGCCGGGGAAGGAGUGGAAGUGGAUUGUUUUGGCUCAGAGGACCGCUGGCUUGAGUGAAGCAGUGAAGCAGCCACACCCUCCAGAGCUUCCUGAUAGCAAGAUGUACAACUAAAAGCUCAGUGUCUCCCAACAAGCUCACUGAGCUGCUCAGGCCUGAGGAUUUCUCCAUUUAAACAGACUUUGGAGCGUGAGAGAGAUGGCCAGCCAGAGCAAAGACCUUGGCUCUGCGUGCCGGACGAGGCUGUUCCCUGCUUUUGGCUGAGGAGGGCCUAUGGAACGGUAGAUAUGCCUGGUAAGGAACUGAGCCUUCACAAGCGACUGGUCUACAUCACGGGUUUGUGUGCGAAGAAGAAGAAGAGGUUGAAAACCGAGGAAGGUGUGGGAAGCCCCCCCGCUGUAGCAGAGUCUUUUAUUUUGGAGGUCUCAUGGGAUGAUGGUGCUGAAGCGGCGGAGCCGUACCUGGCAGGCUGAUCCAAACUGCCUCCUCUGCAUUAAAACAGGCAUGACACUCACCCCUGCUUUAAACGGGUGGGCUACACUGGACAGGUCGUUCGUGCUCAGCAAUACGUUGGAUCCACAUCCUGCGACCGCGACAAGGAGAGCAGGACCUUUAAAAACCCCUUGGCUUGGCACGAAUUAAGAAAAUGGACACGAGUGUAAUUGGAUGUCUGUUAUCAUCUUGCACUUUGCCUUGAUUUGGGCUCUGUUGUGGCACUGCAGCAAGUGUUUGUUUUUUUGUUUGUUUGUUUGUUGUUUUUGUGUGUUGUUGGACCAAGAUUGGCAACGUACAACCUGUGAAACUGUUCAGGUUACCUUAAGCAUGAUAGAUGUGAUUUCGCAUAAAGUGCCGGCACAUUUAAGGUCAAAUUACAGAAAUACCGAGCAGUUUAGAGUCAUUCGGUUGAAGGGAUUUUUGAUUCAUAGCCUUGAUUUUCACCUCAAUUGCUCAGACUAUUCCCAACUGUUUUUUGUUCAUAUCACAACUAUGCCAGAACAUGAGUGAAGUUGCAUUAUACUAUAUUUUCUGAUUUUCUUACAAACGUUUACUAAAAUUCUGAACAAUUUAAUAGUGGAUAUUAGCAUAUUUUCUGAAGGACAUUACAGAAGACUCUUUUAAGGCCAGUUUCAGGUUUUCUCAGAGAAGGUGUGCUGAAGAAAAAGAAAAGAAAUACAUCUAAGUUAUGAGUUUAUACUAUGGAAUGUGUGGUGUAACCUGUAUUUUGUACAAAAAAGAAAAUUCCGGACAGUAGCUCGACCACCCUACUAUGGCUAGUAGUGGCUCGGGAAAGUCAGAUAGCGAGGUUCCGACCAACAUCCUGAGUGGCAGCUUGCAGCAAAGGAAAAGACUUUCAUCCAUCUGUGACUCGUGCAAAAGCAAGAUGCAGCUGGUGGCGGACCUGCUUCUGCUGUCCAGUGAGACCAGGCCGGUGGUGACGGCGGACGGUCAGCAGGUGGCAGAGACUUUCGACAAAUGCCGGGAUACGGUGAUCGCCCGGACGAAAGAGCUAUCCAUCAUCACUCAUGACAUCCAGAGCCAGCUCAACAUGGGCAAGUUUGUGGAGGUUGGGGACAGGCUGGUGGAGAUGGGCGACCUGGUGGUGUCUCUGACGGAGUUCUCGGCUCAUGCGGCGUAUUUGGCCGCUGUGGAGACUCCGGGUUCGCAGCCUGCUGUGCCGGGGCUCGUGGACCGCUACAAAGUGACCCGCUGCCGGCAUGAGGUGGAGCAGACCUGCAGCGUCCUCCGGUUGACGCCAUUGGCCGACCUGACCCCACAGCUUCUCCUGGAGGUGUCGCAGAACAUCCUGAGGAACCUCACCACCCUCACCGAUGCUUCUUCUCUGGCCAGUGAAAAAUCCAAGGACAGAUUCGCCAAGGAGCAGUUCAAGGCCAGUGUCAAGUGCAUGAGCACCAGUGCCACGGCCUUGCUCGCCUGCGUGAAAGAGGUAAAAACCUGCCCUAGCGAACUUUCACGGAACCGUUGCGUACUCUUCAGCGGACCGCUGGUGCAGGCCGUCCACGCGCUGGUGGGGUUUGCGACGGAGCCGCAGUUUCUGGGCAAGCCGGCUGCGCUCAGUCCGGAAGGCAAAGCAGUGCAGACGGCCGUGCUAGGGGGCGCUAUGAGCGUGGUUUCGGCCUGUGUCCUUCUCACCCAGGGCCUCAGGGAUAUAUCCCAGCACCCCGAAAACAGCGCCCAGAUGCCGGGGUACCGGGAGCGCCUUCGGAACUCGGCCUGUGCCGUCUCGGACGGCUGCACGCUGCUUUCGCAGGCGCUAAGGGAACGAUCCUCACCCAGAACUCUACCGCCAGUCAACUCUCAUUCUGUGAAUUAACGGAUACACAAGUAGCCCUAUUUGUUUAUUUUUUUAUGUACCAAAGAGACUAAUCAGGUUUUAAUCAAUACACCCGUAUUGUGUGAUCCUAUUGAGUGAAUGUAGGGGGAUGUGUCUGAAUUUAGCCUGUCAAACGAGAGCUAGGCUGUAUUUCAUAAUUUCCACCGAGGUUCCGAGGGAGGAGGCAGGUUUUUCUUGCGCUGGAUGUAAUAAAAACCCUAGCCGAAACUGACAGACAUCAUUUCUAACUCAUGCUCACUCACUGGUAGCUGCAGACUUUGUAAAAUUAGAUCUCCCAAACUUAACGGAAACUAGCAGAAAAGUUUACCUCAGUUUUAGGCGUCUGAAGGCCUCAGACGGAGUGACGGUUGUAGCUUUUGACGUGUGUGAUGGAUGUCGUUGUGUGACUUUUUCUGAUGGGUUAAAGCUGCUGUGAGUGCGUGCCAUAGGUUUUACACUAUUUACCAGACUUACAAUAGCAUUUUAAUGUCUUUUUUUUGAUCAUGCAUGUACUGGAGUAUUUAUUUCAACUUAUUAAAGUGUUGUUUCUCAUAUGUGA